GCCCCGCCCCGCAGAGAAACCGCCAUCAUGAAAUUAAAAACAAAAAACUGACAGAUGAGACGCAGGUCGCUGCUUCCUGAACAGGAUUAAAAGAUUCUCCGGCAGACUGAGACAGUAGUGAGACUAUGAGCGAGGUGGCGGAGGAAACGAUGGACAGCUCUGCGGUGUCGGAGGAAGAAGUGGAGGACCGCCAGGAAGACAAGUCGAGUCCGAAAAAGAGCAGCUCCAAAAUAUCAGCUGUGGGGGAAAUCCUCGAAGGCAAGCGAGCGAAGAAGACGGUCGAGAGGCUCGAUUUCCAGGCACCAAAGCAAAAGGAGAAGCUGAAGUUUGGAGACGGUAGCGGAGAUAAAUUAGGAGACAUUCCACGCACUGGUUACCAGAUCACAAAGAUGAAGCCAGCUGACCUGAAACCUCUGCACGUCAUCCUGUUCGACAGACCGGGGAAGAUGGCCACGAUGAAGAAGAGCCUGCGUCUGUUUAACGGAUUUCCUUUCGAUGCCGACAGCGAGCUGUACGCCAAGAAGAGAGAAAAACUCCUCAAGAAUUCACAUUUUACAAACACCAAACUGAAGGUGGUCUGUGGCGUUUUGGACCUGGAGAAGAAAGGAACGCACGCCGAUCUGGUGGACAGGAUCAUGACUUUUCUCAUCGCACCGAAGAACAGCGGGAAGCGUCUGCCCGUGAAGAAAAAGAGGAAAUCAAAGAAGAAACUUUCCGGCGACGACUCCAACACCAGCACCAAGAAGAAGAGCAAACCCAAACCCCGCAGCUCGUCGUCCAGUCCCAAGAAGUCCAAAACAGGAAGCAAGUCCAAAGCCAUCGUCAUGGACUCGAGCAGUGACGAGGAUGACGAGGAGGAAGAGGAGGAGAAGGCGGGCGCUUCAGCCGAGGCCGAGGGAUCGGACGCUGAAGACAAACCGUCGGGUAAAGAGGAGGAGAGGUCUGACAAGUCGGAGGAGUCUGCUGACGAAGAGGAAGAAGAGGAUGAGGAGGAGGAAGACGACGAUGAUGAUGAUGAUGAGUCUCCCAAAUCAAAGUCGAGCCGAGGGAAAUUGGCUCCAAAGAAAUCGGCUCCGGUGAAGAGGCAGAGGACGCCGGCGAAGAAGGCGGGGCCUCCUAAAAAAAGAGCCAAGAAGGAAAUUUCAGACGAGUCGGAAUCUGAGGCCGAGGAGAAGCCUAAAAAGAAGAAAUCGGCUCCGGCCAAACCUGCAGCUAAAACCAAGAAGGCCGACAGCAGCAGCAACAGCAAGAACAACACAAACACAGCGGAGGACAGCUCAGACGACGACGAGCCGCUCAUCAAGAUGAUCAAGAAAGCGCCGACCGACGAGCAGCUGAAGGAGACGGUGCAGAGCCUGCUGAAGGAGGCCGACCUGGAGGAGAUGACCAUGAAGCAGAUCUGUCAGAGGGUGUUUGACACUUAUCCAGACCACGACCUGACCAGCAAGAAGGACUACAUCAAACAGACCGUCAAGUCUCUCAUCACAUGAAGCCUGCAGGAUGAAGAAGAAACGACUCGGUCUUCUUCAGUUACAUAUCACUUUGUUUUCUAACUCAACUCUUUUCUACAUGAUUGUGUUUUUUAUGAAUGUGUGAGUGGUGUAUAGAUUCUCAGAUUAACGUUCAUGUUCACUCCUUCAUGAGGAAAGAAGAGGAAGUGGUCGUCUCUCUCUUUGAUUCUGGAUGAACAUUCUGUAAAUAUGUUUGUGAUGAUGUGAAGAGAUGUUUCUGUUUCCUUUGUUCUGUCUUCAGUUUAAAAAGCUCACUGACUAAUUUAGUAAUUAAAAGGAAACUUUUCAAACAAAA